AUGCAAAGCCUGCUGCCCCCACCUGCCGUCUCUUCUCAUACUCGUAUACCCGUCCUCGGUAACCCUUCGGACCAUGAGGAAUUCACAACGGAAAAAUAUACCCCACUACUUGGAACAAACCCAUCGUCUUCCCAAUCUACACGUCGCUCGCUCGCCUUUUGGCUCAUUCUUUACUUUUGCUUCAAUCUUGGACUUACCUUGUACAACAAAGGUGUCCUCAUCCACUUUCCUUUUCCAUACACCCUCACUGCGCUGCACGCUUUCUGCGGGACUAUCGGAGGGCUCAUAUUGCUGAAAAAUGGUACAUUCGUGCCUGCUGAGCUCACCACCGCAGAAAACUUGGCGCUUGUGGCAUUUAGUGUACUGUACACUAUUAACAUCGCCGUCAGCAACGUAUCCCUGCAUUUGGUCACCGUUCCAUUUCAUCAAGUAGUGCGUGCAACCACGCCGAUUUUCAUAAUUCUUCUCUCCAUCUUCUUUUUUGGAACCCGGAGUAGUAAUCACAAGAUGAUAUCACUAGUCCCUGUCAUGGCUGGCGUUUGUUUUGCGACAUAUGGAGACUAUUCGUACACGACAAGCGGACUCAUGUUGACCCUACUGGGAACAGUACUUGCUGCCAUGAAAACCAUCUACACUUCUAUCCUACAGUCGACCCCAUCACCGACUUCGCCGCAGCCACGGGUAAAUUUUGUCAUUCCCCCGCGGUUACAGUUGCAUCCGCUAGAUUUGUUGACGCGGAUGGCGCCGCUUGCGUUCAUCCAGUGCGUUUUUCUCGCAUACCUUACGGGAGAAUUAUCCCGCGUGCAUACAUGGAGUUUGUACGAGAUGACGCCUGGAAAUGCGGCGCUCCUUGGACUUAAUGGCUUCAUUGCGUUUGGUCUGAAUAUUGUGAGUUUUACGGCGAAUAGGGCGGCAGGCCCUCUGAGUAUGACUGUUGCUGCCAAUGUCAAACAAGUACUCUCCAUAUUUUGUGCGGUUGUUCUAUUCAAGCUUACAAUAACGCCGACCAACGCGCUUGGGAUACUUCUUACGAUCGCUGGUGGAGUGUGGUACGCAGCCAUUGACUAUCAAGAAAAGAGAGGAAGAUGGAGAAAGUAG